AUGGCGGGCCUCAGGCAAACCCCACUGACUUGUAGUGGUCAUACUCGACCAGUUGUUGAUUUGUCUUUUAGUAAUGUGACACCGUUUGGCUAUUUUUUGAUUAGUGCUUGCAAAGAUGGUAAACCUAUGCUACGUCAAGGGGACACAGGGGACUGGAUUGGCACUUUUGAAGGUCACAAAGGGGCUGUCUGGGGUGCAACACUUAACAACGAGGCUACACGUGCUGCAACAGGAGCUGCUGACUUCACUGCGAAAGUUUGGGAUGCAGAAAAAGGAGAAGAGCUUCAUAGCUUUUCACAUAAGCAUAUUGUGAAGAGUGUGAAUUUUUCCAAUGACAGUCAUUAUCUUCUGACUGGUAGUAAUGAGAAGCUACUCAGAAUUUUUGAUCUACAGAAACCAGAUGCAGAGCCAAAGGUGUUUGCUGGCCACACAUCAAACAUUAAAGCUGUUCAUUUCAACAAGGAGUGUAAUCAAGUUAUCAGUGCUGCUGAUGAUAAAACUGUCAGGAUAUGGGAUGUGAACACUGCUAAAGAGAUUCAUCAGAUUGAGCUUCCCUCUGCACCUGGAAGUCUUGAACUGACAUCUGAUGGUUCAAUCUUGACUGUAACAUAUGGUCAUUUCACUGCAUUCUAUAAUGCUGAAUCAUUUGAGAAGAUUAAAGAGAUCAAGGCUCCAGCACCCAUUAAUACUGCUUCACUUCAUCCAUCAAAGAAUUUUUUUGUUUGUGGCGGAGAAGACUUCAAAAUGUAUAAAUUUGAUUAUUUCACUGGAGCAGAAAUAGAGUCCUUUAAAGGUCACUUUGGACCAGUACACUGUGUGGGUUUCUCUCCUGAUGGGGAACUGUAUGCAAGUGGUAGUGAAGAUGGAACUCUGCGCCUUUGGCAGACCACUGUUGGAACCACAUAUGGUUUGUGGAAGUGUGUAGCACCAGACAUUGACAAUGGAGAUAUUACUACGUCAGCUUCGUCAUCUUCCACUGCCACCUCUACUUCUGGAAACUCCUCAUCAGUGAUCAAAGUGGAAGCUUGA